UAUUUAAAUGAAAUCAGUUGUUGAUCGGCCGUUGAGUGUAUCACAGUCGGACAUUUAAUUCUGCUCACUACAAACAGAAAGUUUUUUUGCGAACAAAAAAUAACCAUUGAAAGUGUUCAAGUUAACUAAAAUAAGGUGAAAAGCAGAACUAUAGCAUAACGUGGCAAUAAAAAAAACCUUUUAAAUUCCAAACAAAACAGAGAAAUGUGUUUAUCACAUUUCCUAUUUGAAUAGAGAGUGUCAAAUCGAUUAAAAAAAAAAAGAAAAAAGCAGUGUUGUGUGUGAUACGAAGCGUAUAAGAUGAGUGCCAUAGUCGGAGCCGCAAAUGCAAUUGGCGGUGCUGCUGUUACAGCGGCAAAUAGUGUCGGUUGGUUUAUUCCAAUGCUUGUUGCAGCCGUUGCAUACUAUCAAUAUGAAGAGAUAAUGUCACCCGAAUCACGACCCAUCGACAUUCCCACCGAACAUUUGCUUGACGAAUAUGAUUUUAUUAUAGUUGGCGGUGGUUCGGCUGGAGCGGUUGUGGCAAAUCGAUUGACAGAAGUGGAAAAUUGGAAUGUUUUAUUAUUAGAAGCUGGCGGCGAUGAAACUGAAGUGUCAGAUGUACCAUUGAUGGCUGGAUUUUUGCAAUUGAGCCCAUUGGAUUGGAAAUACAAAACCGAACCGCAAGGAACGGCAUGUUUAGCUAUGACUGGUGGACGAUGCAAUUGGCCAAGAGGCAAAGUAAUUGGGGGUUCGUCCGUUUUGAACUACAUGCUUUAUCUGCGUGGUCACAAAAAAGACUAUGACGAUUGGGAGGCAAUGGGCAAUACCGGUUGGGGUUAUAAAGAAGCUUUAUAUUAUUUCAAAAAAUCGGAAGACAACACCAAUCCAUAUCUGGCUUCAACGCCAUACCAUUCAACUGGUGGUUACUUAACUGUCGGUGAAGCUCCUUUCCACACACCAUUAGCGGCUGCUUUUGUUCAAGCUGGUGUUGAAAUGGGCUAUGAAAAUACAGAUUUAAAUGGUGAAAAAGGUACCGGUUUUAUGAUUGCACAAGGAACGGUACGUCGUGGCAGUCGAUGCAGUUCGGCAAAAGCAUUCUUGCGACCAGCUCGUUUACGUCCAAAUUUACAUAUUGCCAUGCAUGCACAUGUGACACGUUUAAUGAUUGAUCCAAAAACAAAACGUGCAUUUGGCGUUGAAUUCAUACGUGAUCGUAAAAUACAUUAUAUUCGUGCAUCAAAAGAGGUUAUCGUUUCGGGUGGAGCGGUUAAUUCUCCACAAAUUUUAAUGCUUUCCGGCAUUGGGCCAAAAGCUGAAUUGGCAAAGCAUAAGAUACCGUUGAUUAAAGAUGCACCGGUCGGUGAAAAUCUGCAGGACCACAUUGCAUUGGGAGGUCUCACGUUUGGCGUGAAUCAAGAAGUGUCAAUUGUCGAGAGUCGAGUUCAAUCGGUGUCAACUGUUUUGCAGUAUGCGGUAUUCGGUCAGGGGCCGCUUACCAUUCUUGGUGGCGUUGAAGGAUUGGCUUUUGUUAAAACAAAAUAUGCCAAUGCUAGCGAUGAUGUUCCAGACAUUGAAUUCCAUUUUAUCUCCGGUUCAACAAAUUCGGAUGGUGGCAAUCAAUUACGAAAGGCACAUGGUUUAACACAAAAAUUUUACGACGCUGUUUUUUCACCAUACAAUAAUCGUGACACAUGGAGCAUUUUACCAAUGUUAUUACGACCAAAAAGUACCGGUUCAAUUCGAUUGAGAAGUCGCAAUCCAUUUGACUAUCCGUACAUUUAUCCAAAUUACUUCUUCGAUGAUUCGGAUUUAAAGACGCUUGUUGAAGGUGUUAAGAUUGCCGUGGCUGUUUCACAAACGAAUUCAAUGCAACGAUUUGGAUCGAAAUUGAUUGCAUACAAAUGGCCAGGUUGUGCCCAUUUGGAAUCGUUUACCGAUGAGUUUUGGGAGUGCAUGAUUCGACAAUAUUCGGCUACCGUUUACCAUCCGGUUGGAACGUGUAAAAUGGGACCAUACUGGGAUUCAACAGCAGUUGUUGAUCCCGAAUUGCGAGUAUAUGGCGUUCGAGGACUGCGAGUUAUUGACGCAUCGAUAAUGCCGAAAUUAGUUGGAGCAAAUACAAACGCACCGGUAAUGAUGAUAGGCGAGAAGGGAGCAGACAUGAUAAAAGAAUUUUGGAUUCAUCAAAUAACAGCUGGUUUCGAGUAAACGUUACGUGCGAAACCAAAAGACAUGAACAAGAACCCAUAGUUUUUUAUUGUAUUGAUUUAAACCAAUUUUCUGUUAACUUAAUUUAUUUUCAUUUAAUUUCUUAAUUUUUGGUUAAAAAACUGAUUGAAUUGAUUUACUGCUCUAUUUUUUUUACAUAAAAAUAGCACAUAAGUAGAAUAAAUUAAUUGUGAUAUUAAUUAAAGAAAUUGACAAAUAUUUACUGCGACAAUGAACGUAUAUUCAACUUGAAAAGGCCUGAAAAAUUAAAAAGUGACGUUGACCAAUGAACUGCAACUAAAUAAAUAAGGUGUAAUCGAUUUGGGCUCACAUCAACCGAAACGACUCUAUAUUUAUCUCAAUUUAAGACAAGUGAAAUAAAAUAUUUGAAAGAAAAAAAUCUCAAACAGUA